AUAAGAGGCAAAACUCUUGUAUGGUUACAGUUGGAUAAAACAGGAACUUGUUUCAGGAAAAAAGUACUUUAGAGGUAGUUGAACAAUGAGACAAGGGUAACAGAAAAAGGUAGUUGGGCAAGAGAUUGUGGUUAAUAAAUGACAGGUUGCAACUGACUCCCCACCCAGAAGUGCCUGGAGUGAGUGCUGUGUGUGCUUGAUUGCACAUAGGUGGAUAUCACUGAAGUUAAAAAAGAAAAACAAACAGGAAAAGAAGACAGAGCGUCGUCUUCUCGGUUGCUGUUUUCAGCCGUCGUUCCCACUCAUGGGGAAAACCAAAGACAAGUCUGGGCCUCUGGCUCGGAGGCCGGACAACUCGGCUUUCAAGCAGCAGCGGCUCCCCGCCUGGUCUCCCGUGCUAACCGCCAACACUGUGCUGCCUUUCUUCUACCUGCUGGCUGUGAUAUCCAUGCUGCUCGGAGUGUGGCUGCUUCUCCUUGUACAGAGCACGCAGGAAAUAAAGCUAGACUACACCAAUCUGGGAAACUGUAAUGAGUGUUUUGACCUGCGUCGAAAUGUGAGCAACGCAGCGCAGACCUGCAGCUGUCGGGUGGAGUUUUCAAUUGACAAAACAUUUAAGGGCGAUGUCUUUUUCUACUACGGUCUCAAAAACUUCCAUCAGAACCUCCGCAGGUACAUGGACUCCAGAGAUGACGGACAGACGGUGGGAUGGAUAAAAAAGUUAAAGAACCCAAGUACUUAUUGUGAGCCGUUUGCAAAAGAUGAGGACGGAGUCCCCAUCGCUCCCUGUGGAGCGGUCGCCAACAGUAUGUUCAACGACUCCUUCACCCUGACCUAUCACUCCUCCAGCGGCCGUCGUGUUCCUGUUCCUUUGCUGCGGAAGGGCCUCACCUGGUACACAGACAAAAACGUCAAGUUCCGCAACCCAAGGACGGACAAUCUAACUCUUGCUCAGGUGUUUGAAGGUACGAGACAGCCUCUGUACUGGCAGAGGCCUGUAUACAGUCUGGACCCACAUGACCCGAACAACAACGGUUUUAUUAAUGAGGAUCUGAUCGUCUGGAUGAGAGAGGCAGCUUUCCCCAACUUCAAGAAGCUUUAUGGGAUUUUAAAUAGAGCAGACGCCAACUUUGAAAAAGGGCUUCCGAGGGGAAACUACAGCAUCGAUAUAUCCUACAACUUCCCUGUGCAGCACUUCCAGGGCAGAAAGGAAGUGGUGCUGACCACGCUGACCUGGUUCGGAGGCCAGAACCACUUCCUGCCGAUUGCUUACCUGGUAACCAGCAGCCUGAUCCUGCUGAUGGCCGUCGUCCUCACCGUGGCCUGGUGGAAGUUCGGAAAGGAUGGGAAGAACAUGAAGGAAUGAGGCAUCGAGGCGUCAAGAUGCUGAGGACUGAGACUGAUGAAGGAAAGAGCCGAUACUCAUGCCGCUGAGAAGGUUCGCAAACCAGAGAUGGGGGAGACAAAGUGAAAAAAAUUCAUGGAGUUUUAAUGCUAGUUUAAAAGAACUAUCAACCAGUAUAUCCAUUUGCGAACACUUUAUUGUGCAAAUGUUAUAAACUAGUUGUUUUAAGAGGAAGUAGUCAUGCUGCAUUUUAGACCGUAGCGUUUUUUUAUUUAAAGACGUCACAUUAGGGCCAUGCUAUACUGGAGCAAAAGGUGUCGUAACAUGGAGUUUUUCACAUCUUUUUGCUAAAGAAAGUUAAGUAAUUAAAGCACUUAUUCUGUUGUAUUUUUUAAAGAAAAAGAGUAAUUUGGGAGAUGUGAAUUGUGUAUUUGGAAUAAAGUCUAAAGGAUUAGAGUUAAACUGAAAAUCCUAGUUUCUAAGAGAUGAGCUGAUGACUGGUCCCAAUUUUUCAGCGGUCAGAAAUAAAAGUAAAUAUUUUUUUUUCUUUCAGUGAACACAUCACUAGCUGUGAUUUUCAAACUGAUGCACUAGAAUCUCACCGUUUAAGGAAAUAUUUCUGCCCAAAAACUAUACUGAACUUUGAACUUCGUAUGUUUUUUUUUUUUACUGAUGUGUUAUGUUCAGAGUAUAAAUAUAAAAUUAAGUAAUUUUAUAAACUUGUUGGCUCUUUGUGCAGAAACUCUUGUACUGUGAAAGGUAAAACUUUUCUUUUAAUUAAGGCUGACACACCAGGUGCUUUUUAAUUUAUUCCAAAGUGCAGAACCUAAUUGUUUGUUUUGAAAUAAACACCAAUUCAUAUUAGAAAAUUCUACAAAGAAACUCUUAUGUGAACUUUUAAAUAAACGUACUACAUUUUGACACCCAGAUUUUGCAGUGACUCCACCCAGACACAGCAGAAAAUAGGAAAAUAUUGAGUGCUGUUAUGUUUUUUUUUAGUAGCAAUCAAACAGGUUAAGCCCUUAAAGUGGCCACCAAAAGCUGAUUGGUGCAUCUCACAUUCGCAUUUCUCCAUUAAGUGGAAGAAAUGCACCUUCGUCUAUCGCAUGAAAUACAGCAUCAGCUCAGUUAAAUGCUUAAUUAUAUUAACUUGUUAAUUUAAUACGAAAGCCAAGCUGUUAUUUAUAUUACUUAGAAAAUUGCAAUGACAGAAUUUUCAGUGAAGCACUAAAGAAAUAAACAUUUCUUUAAUAAAAUAAAAAAACCCUCUUUAUUCCCCCCCCCCCCCAAACAGAUUGAUUCCACUUAUUUUAUGCAACCAGGGAACUUUAAUCUCCAUAAAUCACUCUGUGGUUAUUGAACACAAUCACUGGCACACCUUCCCACAGCUGAGGUGGCUGUUCUGUGACAAUAAGCAGCAGCUUGAUGCACGUUUGUCCACCAUCUGCCUUCCUGUCAGCCAGUGUUUUGCUCAGAUCAGUGCCGCAGGAGAGGAAUGCAGUUUACUGGUGCGACAUUUAAACGUUUCAGCCACAAAACGGUUGAACACUCAGACGCCGAUGAACACAGAAGACGGGAACAAUUGAUCGGAACGCUUCAGGACAGAUGCAACACCGACUUAAAUACUAAAUCACACACUACCAUUUGCAACAACAUUACACUUCUCUAAUUUAAGACUAUUUUUUUUAAUGGUUGUGAUGAUGGCACGGAUUUGGACCACAGAAGGCAAGAUUUGGUCUCCAUCAGGAAAAGACAUGGGUAUCAUGGGUAAAAUACUUCAUGACAGAAGUUAUCUUAAAAGAUUU